CGUUUAUUUAAACAUCCGCAGUGAAAAACGUGUUUUGGCUUGCUAUCCGGAAAGAAGACAAUGCUGCCGUGUAAGAACGAUGCAUACACAUUUCACCGCAACAAUUCAACGAAUUCCUCGAGUUCCUCGACGAGAAGUGCCGGAAUGCAACACUGUAGAAGGAAACUGCAAGACACUUUCGACGAAACAGACAAAAAGGCCGAAUUCAAGGCACCGCAAGGAGACAGGAGUGUGUUGAGUGUCCUUUCAAUCAACGACAAUACGAGAAGGGCGUUGAGGAACGGGGCUGUAAGGAUUUCGAAAACUUUUAACACUGUGAGGACCACCUUUGGAACCAUAUCGCAGAGGUUCAAGAUAUCGACGAAAAGAAGACAGAUCCUACAGGAGGGCCCCAUGACCCCAAACUGCGCUACACCGCAUACCUUCGCUAAGCAGGUUCUCGGGAGAACUCCGACAAAGUUGUACAGCCCUUUCGGCAUCGAAAGCCCCUACAACAGGGGCACUACCGUGGAUAAAGAGAAUGUGCCGCCAAACAAGCAAACGAAGAAGAUAACGCGGUGAAUGUACUCGUUAACCCGUUUUUCUAGGCGCGGUUGGUCGUCAAGUUUAUUUCAGUAUUUUUAUUUAUAUUUAUUGCAAUCGGCAUUACACAGGCUUCAUUUUUUUUUGUUUUAAGUUAUUUUUUGUUGAGUUAGUAUAGUUUUUGAAUACUAAUUUUAGGUAAGUGGUUUGUAAUCCCUAUAUCGAAUUUUUUCUUCGAGUAGUUCAAACGUACGUAUGAGAUAUUAUGGCAGUUCAUGACAAACAAAUCAAGACUGAAUUUUUGACACUACCCUUUUAUAUUUGUUUUUUUUCUUUGUUUUUAUUUUUGACAUUGUACCCAUCGCAGUGCCUUUUUAACACUUUUUUAUAUAUUUCUGUAUGAAAUCGACACAUUUCUGAAGACUGACAAGUAGUAUUUAUAUAUUUUUAUGAUCGAUCACGUAAAACGAACUUCGACAUUCAUUUCGUCAUCCAUUUAAUCAUAUUAAGUUCUAUGUACAGGGUGAUCUGUAAUUUUCCGUUUAUACAGUGUGGCACAUUUCAAAUGGAAAAAAAGGUACUUUUUGUUCGAUUUAGUUCGGGUUUUGUCUGAAAGAUGGAGUUUAUAAAACUAUUAUGUCACAUGACAUUUGAAUUUGUUUUCAGUUAUCAAUGCCUACUUAUUAUUUUUCUCAGUUAUCAAAGCCUACUUAUUAUUUUUCUUCAACUUUGACAAAAUGUUUAUCGCUUCUGUUCUUCAACUAUGAAAGAAAUUUUUAAAAGUCUUAAACCCUAUCUUUAAAAAAAACUCGAAUUAAAUCAGACGAUAUCUUUUAUAGAGUGUUUCUGUUUAAAAGACAUCACACUGUACACGCACUCACUUGAUAUUAACAAAAAGAUACUUAAAUGUACCGAUAAGCGUCUAAAAAGACAAUAAUUUUAUUUUUCUAACUGCGUUUUUAAUCGUAGACUAUUUUUAACGUACAAAAAUUGUAAUGGCAGAGAAUCAUGGAUCACAAUGGAUCAAAGCUAGUUUUUAAUGUUUUUUUUUUAACUUUUUUAUAAUAUUUUCUGUACUGAUCUUUGUAUAA